AUGUUAUCACGUUUCAGUGAUCAUUUUAAAGAAUUAAACAAUCGCUUAUUUCUUAUUGCUGGUCGAGAAUAUUAUCUGCAGUUAACGAGUAUUGAACAACGACGUCAAUUUGAACAAGUAUUAAUAAAUGAAUCGAAUCCAAAAAAAGUAUAUGCUGAUUUACUUGCACACAUUCAAAAUACGAUCUCAUCAUUGUCUUGGGUGUGA